AUGAUACCUCUUCUCAAACUGAAUCUUCAUCAGAAGAAGAUUAUAUCAAUAUUCUACAAGAAGAAGGGUCCUCUUCUGAAGAAGAAUUCUACUCUCAAAGUGAUUCAAGUGAUGACGAAGGAGCAAUACCCUGCACAGGACGAUGUGCUGAGUCAAAGACAGCUUGAAGCUCUAGCACUUAUCGAUUCAGAAGCAGAUCAAAACGUUAUACAAGAAGGACUUGUCCCUUCUAAGUAUUUCGAAAAAACUAAGGAAUCCUUAUCUGGAGCUGGUGGAAAUCCUCUCAACAUCCAGUUCAAACUAUCGAAGGUACACAUCUGCAAAGGAGAUGUGUGUUUGGUCAAUACGUUCAUUUUGGUUAAGAACCUUAAUGAAGGGAUCAUCUUAGGAACCCCAUUCCUAACCCAAUUAUAUCCUUUCCAUGUUAUUGAUAAGGGUAUAGUUUCAAAGAAAUUUGAUAAAGAAAUUACUUUUGAGUUCACUCAUCUAGUAACUCCUAAGUAUAUUUCAAAUAUUGAAGAAGAAGUUCGUCAAUUCAUCAACAGGAUCGCCAGGAAAGAAAAACAGAUCAAGUUUCUUCAAGACGACAUCAAGACCUGCAAAGUGGCUAUUGAAAUCCAGAAGCCACCAGUUCAAUCGAAGAUUCAGAACUUCCAGAAGCAGCUCAAAAAGGAAGUUUGUUCAAAUCUUCCAAAUGGCUUUUGGGAUCGGAAGAAACAUAUGGUAACAUUGCCAUAUGAGGACGAAUUCAAAGAGGCCCAAAUUCCUACAAAGGCUCGGCCCAUUCAAAUGAAUAAAGAUCUGGUCAAAGUCUGUAAGGACGAAAUUACGGAUCUUCUCAACAAAGGACUAAUAAGCCCAUAA